AUGAUUCCGACUACGGAAUUGGAAGCCCGUCACGGAAUACCUGGCUGCACAUAUAGCAUCCAUAAAAGUUCCAUAGAGGAACUGGACGAAGGAAAACCGGCCGGACCUCCGAUUCAGUUUGCCCGCGUUGGCGACAGAGUCCUACAUCAAUGGCACUGCAACGAUAAGAUGUUUGGCGUGCUAAUCAAUAACUGCUACGUUACUGAUGGUUUCGGAAAGAAAGCCGAUGUGAUAGAUGAUAAAGGGUUCGUGAAAACUACUGCGAUACACUUGCGGUCAAAACAUGGCUAA